UGCUUCCAAUUAAGUGGACAGGCAUUCAUUUCCAAGCAAGCUUUGAACCUUGCUUUCUUUCUUUUUUUCGUGCGUGUCUGCAUGUGUGUGUGUGUGUUUCUGUUUGGUCGUCAUGUAUUUUGGGAAAAGGGGAGCGACUUGCAGCUAAGUCACAGCGGGUGAACAGUGAAAGAGAGAGUUCUUUUUCGACGUUUCUUCUAGGAUGAACAGAGACAUGGACCUGCUUCGAUCUGCCCUACUGUUUUACAUCUUUGCUUUGUUCCCCUCCCCAGCUAGGAAUCAAAACACUGCGGGCGAACGCAUUAAGGUGCUGUUUACUCCAACCAUCUGCAAGGUGCGUUGCAUUGGGGGUCGCUGUACCAACCACUGUGAGAGAGGCAAUGUCACCACUGUUUAUAGCUCUGAGCGAGGGCAUUCACCACCGGGAGCUGGCUUCAGAGUCUUCUUAUGCCCGCUGAUGUGUCAGAACGGCGGAAUUUGUAUGCAGAAGGACCGCUGUCUCUGCCCCCCGAAUUUUACCGGGAAAUUCUGCCACAUCCCGGUCUCCUCCUCAACCAAUGAGAUUGAGGGGGUGGCCCAGAAUGGAGCAGCAUCAUCCAAUCAGAAGGGACUGCCCCAGUCUGUGUACACCCUCCCACUGCACAGCCACCAAUCACAGCAAAGCGGAGGCUCGGAGGUGGUGAAGGUGCAUGUGCUGCACCCCCUAGAGGCCAGCGUGAAUAUACACCAGGUGCAGCGUGUGAGAGAGGGGCCAGCACAGGGGCAGGGGCAGGGCGAUGUCAGCGCAGACAGGAGGGCACCGGUGCCCAGGAUCCAGGCUCAGACCAUCCGCGGAGACUCCAGCUACUCAGAGUCAUCCGGAUUCGGAUACUGUUUCCAAGAAGUCCGGAACGGCCAGUGUAGCUCCCCUCUGCCUGGACUGAGGACCCAGGAGAUCUGCUGCCUAGGUCAGGGGAAAGCCUGGGGGAUCAACGAGUGUGCCUUGUGCACAUCCAACCAGGGGAGCGGUGCUGGUGUGGCGGGAGGCUGUCCAAAGGGUUUUGAGAGGAUCAAUGGAACACAGUGUGUGGAUGUUAACGAGUGCUCCCUGCCCAGGUUCUGUCAGAACGGGGAAUGCAUGAACACCCGGGGAAGUUACAGCUGUGUCUGCAAGACAGGCUACAUACUGGAUGCUUCUCAAGGACGCUGCAUUUCCCAGAUGGUGAUCUCUGAGUUGAAGGGGCAGUGUUAUCGCAUCCUGAAGACGGGGUUCUGCACGCUGCCCAUCCUAAAGAACAUCACCAAGCAGAUCUGCUGCUGCAGCCGAGUGGGCAAAGCCUGGGGCCGGACGUGCGAGAGAUGCCCGCCCUUUGGAUCAGAGGAAUUUAAGGAGAUUUGCCCAGCAGGGCCAGGAUACCACUACUCAGCUUCCAGUGUUAAAAUCAACCAGGAGCGGCAAACCUUAGUGGUGCCUCCUAGAGCCCAAACACCCCCUCUGACCCCUGAUGUUGGCAACGAGAGAGAGGAGAGGCAGCCACCGAGAGCAGAGAAACCAGUGCUACCAACACAACCAGUAAGACCAGUACAACCUGUACAGACAUCCACCGUCACCACCACAACCCGCGCUGCAACACGUGCCCCAGAGGUGCAAGUGUGUGACUUGAACCCCCAGAUCUGUGGAGCGGGGCGCUGUCUGAAGCAGCGAGGAGGAGCCUACACCUGCCUCUGCAACCAGGGCUACCACAUCAACCCCCAGCAGACACGAUGCGUGGAUGUAGACGAAUGCAGCCUGAGCCCGCGGCCCUGCACUAAUGGUCAGUGUCAGAAUACAGCUGGGAGUUACCGAUGCCUGUGUCCAUCUGGGUUUAGACUGGGGCCACAAGGAGCCAGCUGCACAGAUACAGAUGAGUGCCGGCAGUCCCCCAGCCCCUGCACUAACGCACGCUGUGAGAACACACCUGGCAGCUACAGGUGUGUUUGCGCUGCUGGAUACCAGCUGGAUCACCAGGGAGCUGAGUGCACAGAUAUCAACGAGUGUGAGAAUGCUUUAACCUGCCCUGGUCAGGAAUGUGUUAACUCCGCUGGCUCCUUCCGGUGUGUGCCCUGCCAGCCUGGUUACCAGCUACAGAACAGCAGAUGCACAGAUGUGGACGAGUGCAUCCUGAGCCCGCGGCCCUGCACUAACGGUCAGUGUGAGAAUACAGCUGGGAGUUACCGAUGCCUGUGUCCAUCUGGGUUUAGACUGGGGCCGCAAGGAGCCAGCUGCACAGAUAUCGACGAAUGCCGCCUGACCCCACGGCCUUGCUCCAUUGGUCAAUGUGAGAACACAGCGGGCAGCUAUAGAUGUGUGUGUCCCACCGGCUACAGACUGAACUCACAGGGAACCCAGUGCAUUGAUGUGGACGAGUGCAGCCUGAGCCCGCGGCCCUGCACUAACGGUCAGUGUGAGAAUACAGCUGGGAGUUACCGAUGCCUGUGUCCAUCUGGGUUUAGACUGGGGCCACAAGGAGCCAGCUGCAUAGAUACAGACGAGUGCCGGCAGUCCCCCAGCCCCUGCACUAACGCACGCUGUGAGAACACACCUGGCAGCUACAGGUGUGUUUGCGCUGCUGGAUACCAGCUGGAUCACCAGGGAGCUGAGUGCACAGAUAUCAACGAGUGUGAGAAUGCUUUAACCUGCCCUGGUCAGGAAUGUGUUAACUCCGCUGGCUCCUUCCGGUGUGUGCCCUGCCAGCCUGGUUACCAGCUACAGAACAGCAGAUGCACAGAUGUGGACGAGUGCAGCCUGAGCCCGCGGCCCUGCACUAACGGUCAGUGUGAGAAUACAGCUGGGAGUUACCGAUGCCUGUGUCCAUCUGGGUUUAGACUGGGGCCGCAAGGAGCCAGCUGCACAGAUAUCGACGAAUGCCGCCUGACCCCACGGCCUUGCUCCAUUGGUCAAUGCGAGAACACAGCGGGCAGCUAUAGAUGUGUGUGUCCCACCGGCUACAGACUGAACUCACUGGGAACCCAGUGCAUUGAUACAGACGAGUGCCGGCAGUCCCCCAGCCCCUGCACUAACGCACGCUGUGAGAACACACCUGGCAGCUACAGGUGUGUUUGCGCUGCUGGAUACCAGCUGGAUCACCAGGGAGCUGAGUGCACAGAUAUCAACGAGUGUGAGAAUGCUUUAACCUGCCCUGGUCAGGAAUGUGUUAACUCCGCUGGCUCCUUCCGGUGUGUGCCCUGCCAGCCUGGUUACCAGCUACAGAACAGCAGAUGCACAGACGUCGAUGAGUGUCGGGGCUUGUUAGUAUGCGGUACUAAUGGGCAGUGCUUGAACACAGACGGCUCCUUCCUUUGUGACUGCAAGAUCGGAUUCAGGUCGGACAGUAGUGGGCGACAGUGCAGGGAUAUUAAUGAGUGUCUGGAAGGGGACUUCUGUUUCCCGCAUGGCGAAUGUCUCAACACUGAAGGGUCAUACAGCUGUCUAUGUUCCGAGGGAUACAAAGCCACCCCAGACGGAGGCUCCUGUAUAGAUGUGGAUGAGUGUGCCAGGCCGGAGCUGUGCCAGGAUGGCAUUUGUACCAACACCCAGGGCUCCUUCGAGUGUGUGUGCCAACCCGGCUUCGCCACCAACCCAGAAAAGACUGCCUGCCUUGAUGUUGAUGAGUGUGCAGAGUCGAGGGGAGCUGUUUGUGGACCCCGCCGUUGUGAGAAUACCAUCGGCUCCUUCCAUUGCAUCACUUCCUGUGAGCCCGGCCACAGGGCCACUGCCAGCGGGGACUGUGUGGACAUCAACGAGUGUGCGAACGACACUGUCUGCGGUGACCAUGCCUUCUGCCAGAACCUGAUUGGCUCAUACCAGUGUCUGUGUGACCAGGGCUAUGAGGCGGGACGAAAUGGGCGGAGCUGUGUGGAUGUGAACGAGUGUGACAGCAUGCAGGGUGCCUGCGGAGCGGCAAGCUGUGAGAACGUGGAGGGCUCCUUCCUGUGUAUCUGCGGCCAGGACAGUGAGGAGUUUGACCCUCGCACUGGACAGUGCAUCAGCCGGGAUGGGGAAGCCCAGAGGCUUCCCACUGGGGAAGCAUCUCGACCAGACCCCUACCCACCGCACAGUGAUGUCAGAGAAUGCUACUACAACAUCCAUGACGCAAACGUGUGCCAGAACAUACUGACACGCAACACCACCCUACAGGAGUGCUGCUGCACUGUGGGGGAGGGCUGGGGGGAGAACUGUCAGCUGACAGCCUGCCCGGCACUUGGAACAGCUGAAUACCAGGCUGUGUGUCCCAGCGGAAAGGGAUAUGUGACCUCUACUCUGGGCUCCUUCAGUUACAAAGAUGUAGAUGAGUGCACACUGUUCAGUUCUGAAGUGUGUAAGAAUGGCGUGUGUGUGAACACGAUCCCAGGAUACUCCUGCUACUGUCCCAAUGGAUACUACUAUGACCAAACGCAACUGGAGUGUGUGGAUAACGAUGAGUGUUUGGAGGAGGAGUCCUGUCUAGGGGGGAGCUGUGUCAACACUGUGGGAUCAUAUUACUGCUCUUGCGAGUCCCCUCUCAUCCUGGAUGCAGCCCAGCGAGAGUGUGUCGCCAACAUCAGCCAAUCCGCAGAUGAAAACCUGGCGUACUGCUGGCAGGAGUUGGGGGAAGAUUUUAUCUGUAACCGGCUCUUGCUGGAUAGGCAGAUCACUUACACGGAGUGCUGCUGCUUGUAUGGACUGGCCUGGGGUAUAGAAUGUACACUCUGCCCCGCCCAAGACUCAGAUGAGUACGAAGCCCUGUGUGAUGUCUUGAGGGCCCCAGCUUACGGACCCCCUGCUGGGCCCUACGCUGAGGAAUAUGAACCACGCUUCAGAGGGGACUAUGAGCCUCCAUACAGUACAGACACCUUCGCUGAACCCCCUCCUAGAGGGAGAACCCCAGACUAUCUCAGACCCGGGGGGUACGAAGACUACCCCUCACGUGGAGGUAGGCUGCCAAGCUACGGGUCAAGUUCUCGCUCUCCGGCUUCAUACAGACCACCAGAGGAGGGCCCAUAUGGAAGUCGUGGCCCCGGUCGGAGCUACGAUCUGGGGGAUUUCGAACCUGAGCUACCAUAUGCAUCAGAGCCCAGACCCCCCUUUGGCAGAGCGGACUCCCAGGUAGAUCCCUAUUAUGAAUCCCGUCGAGGGAGGUACAGACCCCUGAGCUCCCAGUCUGUGGGACCCCCCUCGGAGCCAGACGAGCCCUCGGCCGCCUGGCUGCAGUACAGACCCAGAGGGACAGCCCCCAACCCGGAGUACCCUGACCGACAACAGGGGGGCAUCAGGAGAGAGACCUAUGAGAGCAGAUACGAGCCGUACGAGGGCCUGAGCGCGGAGGAGUGUGGGAUACUGCACGGCUGUGAGAAUGGCCGCUGCAUCCGCAUGCCGGAGGGCUAUACCUGUGACUGCUAUGACGGCUACCACCUGGACAUAUCUACAAUGACCUGCAGAGAUGUAAACGAGUGUGAUGAGGCAGAGGACCCCUCCACCCUGUGUGUGAACGGACAGUGCCUGAACACAGACGGCUCCUUCCAGUGUGUGUGCCUCCAUGGCUUUGUGAUGUCAAGACAACGUAAUUACUGCAUCCCAGCACGACCACGGCAGUGAGGGGAGAGAACACCACUCACACACUCACACAAACACACACACACCAAAGAGUUCAGACUUUACUGUUUCCAACCAUGUUUAUUGAACAAGGGAUUUUUUUUUUUAUUAUUCAGAUAUGAUAAACAGGCCAGGGAGGUAUUUAUUUUAAUUUUUGUGAAUAUUUAAAUGAUUACUUUUUUGUGUUUGUUUGUUUUUAAUAAAUAAAUACAUUCUACUUUUGCAAUGACAUUAAGUACGCCCCAGGGACUUAUGCACAGAAAAAAAUCAAAAUGAUGCAAAAUGAUGCAAAUUCUAUUAUGUCUGUACAAGUAUGUGCAAAGUCACAAAGUAUUGUGCAGUUGUAUUGGUUUCUUUUCUCAUACUGGAUAUAAAAAUACUAGCAUAAGAAAAAAAUAAAUAAGUAGAAAACAA